AUGGAUGAAACAACUGAUGUAGCCAUUCUAAAGCAGCUAAUUACUUAUAUGAGAUAUAUCACAGUGAAUGGAAAUGAAUGUGAAGUAAAGACCUCAUUUGUUGGAAUUGAUGAUUUGUUUAAUGGUACAGCUGAGACUAUCACCAAGAGUACAGAGACAACCUUCAACAAACUUGAUAUAAAUUUUAAGGAUUGUUCAGCACUUGGAUCAGAUGGGGCUGCGGUUAUGGUUGGCCAGAGAAAAGGGGUUGCUACCAAACUGAGAGAGAAGAAUGGUACACUUAUCAACAUUCAUUGCAUUGCCCAUAGGUUGGCUCUUGCUUCCAGUCAAGCUAUGAAUGAUAUAAAAUACUUGAAGAGGUUCAGUUCUACAUUACAGCAGCUAGACUAUUUCUACCAAAACAGCUCUCUGAGAAUGGCUGGUCUCCAGGAAAUUCAG